UGUAAGCACGCUUGUUGUCCAUACUGUCUCCUCGGUCUCUCUCUCUCUUUCUCUAGCUGUCUUUGCUUCCCCUCCUCUCUCUCUCACACAUGCUGUGCCCCUGAAGGUCAACAACUUACAAUGCUGUCAGGUUCUGCAGCGUGCAUGUGUACCUUUUGAUGAGCACACACGCACGUCCUGUAUGUGCAUGUACAGAUGAGUUUGUGCUCCGUCAGCUCUCUCCCUCUCCUCUCACCGCUGCAUGAUCUGCUCAGAGUCACUGGUGGAGUUUCCAUUCUGCUUUGUUACCGUGCAUAGUCCACGUGUUUGAUGUUGGGUCUCGUUGCUGUCGUCUCUGUCUUUGGUGGGUGUUUGUGUGUGUCCUCUCUCCAGGCCAGAGUGGAGAAUGAGAUCCUGGAUUAUAAGGACCUAGCUGCCCUGCCAAAGGUCAAGGCCAAAUAUGAGGUCCAACAGCCAGACCUCUCAUCCUCCUCAUACCAGCCCUACCACAGAUACACCUCUGAUGACAGGCUAGACACUUACAGCUAUGGGGAGGACUACGACAGCCUGGAUGUGAAGCAGAGGGGGUGCUCCAGUCCAGGUUAUAUAGACUCGCCAACGUAUAGUCGUCAAGGCAUGUCACCCAUCAUGCCUCGCUCUCCGCAGCACUAUGGCUACCCUGUCGGUUAGAAUAAAGACUGGAAGCAUGGGAAAACUUCAAGCCUGGAUGUAACUGAAAAACCCAGCCUUGAGAAGGACCCAAAAUCCACCAGAGCACCAGACUCUGCUCUGGAACCAGCUUCUCCGACUCCUCUGACGCCUCCUGCUCAUCCUCUGGUCAU